AUGGUUGAAAAUUUGCAUUCAUUGUAUUCUACGAUUCUGAAUACUAAAGAUAGGAUCACCAUGUCUUCGGAAACUGCGCAAGUUAGUUCCUUACCUCUGCCUCCCAUGCAGUAUAUAAAUUUUUACACCGAUGAAAAUGUGAGAAGGAAUCGUGCACCUCUACCACCAAGACCUAUCCAUGAUACAUAUUCUAUGUUUGGAAACACAUUUAAUGCAGAUGAUACAAUAAUUCGGUCUCUAGAAAGUCAGGGCUUUCGAAGAUUAUAUCCUAUGCACUUUGAACGUAGAAGAGAACUGAAAAAGCUAAAUCACUCCUUACUUGUUAAUUUUCUUGAUCUGUUAGACCUGUUGGUGCACUGUCCAGAUUCACCUAAACGUGCAGAAAAAGUGGAAGAUUUAAGUCUUCUAUUUAUACAUAUUCACCAUUUAUUAAAUGAAUUUAGGCCCCAUCAAGCUCGUGAAACUUUAAGGGUUAUGAUGGAGUUACAAAAGCGUCAAAGAGUUGAGACUGCUAUGAGGUUUCAAAAGCACUUGGACAAAGUGCAGGAUAUUUUGCAAAAUGCUCUCCAAAGUUUGCCAGAUCAAAAUGAAGUCGAGGCUAAUUUCAAAGUACCAACUGAAAUAUUGGAACAAAUUGAAUGUAAUCCUAAUGACAUUUCCAAUCCUGAUCCAUGUUAUGAUUUAGAUUACAUAAUGUGUAUACUUACAGUAUCAGAAGAUACCAGGAGAGUUAUCAAAUUUCUCAAUCAGGAGCUGGACCUGGAAGAUAAUAAAAUAGAUCUGCAUCCAAGCAUAACUAGAACCAAAGAUAGACAACCUCAUGAUGACAAGAACUCCGAAACAUAA